AUGGGGGUGAUGAAACAAGUGACCCGCGCCCUAGCAUCGGUCGCACAUGACAAUCCCGUCAUCGCAAUCAUCUUAGUUGUCGUCAUUGUCAUCGUCGCCCGUUCUGUAUACCGCGGCUCGCGACUCCAUGGCCUCUACGCGGUACCUGGUCCCGUCAUCCCACGGUUGACCUCCACCUGGCUCAAUUACCACGCAUUCAUCGCCGACGAGUGCACUGCCGUGCAUCGUCUCCACGAGAAAUACGGCCCCAUCGUCAGAACGGGACCGAACAGCGUCGACAUCGCCGACGGGGCGGUCCUCGAUACCAUUUACAUGGAAAAGGGCGGCUUCUUGAAGCCAGAAUUCUACCGCAACUUUGACAUUGACGGCCACGCCACCAUCUUCACGAGCACAGAUCCGAGCUACCGCGCCCUCCGGGCCAAGGCCGUUAACCCUCUGUUCAGCACAGCCAAUUUACGGGGCGGGGCGAGUCUUCUCGCCGCAUCGUCCCAGGGCUUCACGGAGCGUCUACGCCGCGAGACGGCCAGGGCGAAAACCGCUGAUGGUAAGGUCAACAUUCUUGCCCUCACUCGCGGCUUCGCCCUCGACUCUCUCACCUCGUACCUCUUGCGACGGCGCUACGGCGCGACCGACGAGGACAUUGUGAAGCAGAAUGGCGAGGCCGAGUCGAAAUCUGGCAAGGCAGGGGACAGUUCAAUGUCUGCGUCGUCAAUGGUGGACUCAUUUGUGGGCGUUGGCAAGAGCUGGUACCUGCCUAUAUGGGCGUUCCAGACAUACGAGCGCUUCAUGGGUACAAUACUACCCGAUCCCCAGGUAGAUCAGAGUAUGGCUUGCGUCGACACCUUCCUCAAAGGCGUUCUGGAUCAAGCGAAGCAGGAGGUCGCGCAAGAGACAACUGCUCAGCCGGCCACGUCCUUUCCCGCUCGUCUGCUCAAGGCCGGCUUUUCUGACAGCGAGGUCACGGCACAGUGCAAGGAUCUCGUGUUUGCCGGUACCGACUCCACCGCAAUGAAUCUGGCCACCAUCUGUUUCAUGCUCUGCAAGCACCCAGCCGUGUACCAGGCUCUCCGCCGAGAGAUCCUAGCACAAGGUCCGUCGCACCCGGAUCCGAGUUCUCUCCCGUACCUCCAGGCCGUCAUCAGAGAAGGAUUGCGACUCAGCAUGGCGAACCCGACACGCCUGCCCCGGCUUGUCCCGGCGGCAGGGUUUCGCUACGGGGAUUAUUUCCUGCCGCAGGGCACCGUUGUGUCUUGCACACCGUUUGAGCUGCACCUCAAUGGAAAGGUUUUCCAGGAUCCGCAGGAGUUCAAGCCUGAGCGUUGGCUCGACGAUGCUAACCCCAGCGAGGAGAUGAAGAGGGAUAUGAUUCCGUUCGGUCGCGGUACGAGACAGUGCAUCGCACGGAAUCUGGCAAUGACUGAGUUGAACACUGUCGUCAGCAAAAUUGCUGCACAGAAUGCCCUUGAAGGAUUGAAAAACGUUGGGGACAGAAUUGAGAUUGGGGAGUGGUUCAAUAGCUAUGUGCUCGGCCACAAGAUAGAGCUUUAUGUUGACUGA